UUCGAGAAAACACAGAGCCCUGCCUUCAUUGAGACCGCACCGUAAAUGCAGAUAGCUACCUACAGUCCACAUUCUGCUGUCUGAAGAAAGAACCGGGACCAUGAGGAGUUUCCUUGUCUGGGCUUGGAUUCUUUUCCCAGGCUGUUGGGCUCUGACCGGCCCUAGGGAGGUGAGCGGUCCCUUGGGAGGGUCGGUGUCUGUGCAGUGUCAGUACGAUGGGUGGUACCAGAACUAUAAGAAAUACUGGUGCAGAGGAGAAGACCGGUCAUCUUGCUACAUAGCUAUUCAGACCAACAGUUCAGAGGCAGAGGUGGUAAAGGACAGAGUCUCCAUCCAAGACAAUCACACGCAGUUCACUUUCACUGUGACCAUGGGGAGCCUGGCACUGGGCGACCAGGAUAUUUACUGGUGUGGGAUAGAGAAGAGCGGCUUUGACAAGAUGUUUGCUGUCAAUGUGUCUGUUUUCCCAGCUGUUCCUACCUCACCACCGACAACACCAGAAAAGGACCUGACUGUUGCCACCUCCCCAUGGACUGUUCUUGCCGGAUCUCCAACCAUUUCGCAAAGGAGUAUACCAAACCUCGUCCUCUACAUCCUGAUCCCAUCCGUCCUGCUGGUUCUCCUUUUGAUUUUGUUCAUUGCUGUAAAGUUUAGAAGAGCAUCACAGAGGAGGAGCAAAGGUAAAAAUUCUCUGAUCAGUUUUGCUAGUAAGUGUCAUUUCAUUCUCCAGAUGGUGCAGCCCAAUUAUAUUGCUUCAUUCCUAAGGACCCUACUGUCCCUGUCACCAAAAUAACAGGACAAGACAGACACUCUCUAAAUGCACCGCAUGUACUUAGUCAGUUACUCCAUGCAGCAGGUCACAUGGCCAUACAAACUGGUAGAACCCCACAGCAUGCCCAACCCCAGUGAUGGAGCAGGUACUUGGCUCAGGCUAGAUAUAGCAGCUGGCUAGUUAAAAGCAAACAAGCCAGUUGUUUUUGACCAAGUAGAAAUCAGUUGUUUAAAUAAGAUUCAUUAACACUCAGCAAAAGAAACAGAGAAAUAAAUUC